AUGGACUCCGCAUCGUCUACCUUUGACAACUUACUUGAUGACUUGAGCGACCUAGCUCUUAGCUAUAAGGAUACGAGAGAUAGUUUGAUCAUUGCCCUUGACUUUGGGACCACGUAUAGUGGAAUCGCUUACGCUCUCACAACCGACCCUGAAAAGGUGUUUACGAUUGACUCGUGGCCGGGCGGAGACAGGAAUGCUCCGAAGACACCGACUGCCCUUCAGUAUGGAUCGGGCUCAGUUACAAAUCUCAAAUGGGGCUAUGAACUUGAUCGGCUGGAAGGGGAGAAGAUCCAACACAUCAAAUUACUCUUGGAUCCAGAGCAGCCAAGACCGUACUUCAUUCCCACAAAUAUCGAAGCCGAAAUGGCAAAACUGCCAAAACCUGUUGUCGAUGUAGCGAGUGACUAUAUGCGCGCAAUCUUCGAGCACGCCAUAAAAGAGAUUGAAGGCCACUUCCUCGUGCCAGAGCUCUUACACAACUUCGAUAAACAAUAUGUCCUUACAGUGCCUGCUCUCUGGUCAGACAAGGCAAAAGACAUGACUUCCCGGGCAGCGGAAAAGGCUGGUAUUUCACCGGUGGACAUGAUCACCGAGCCAGAAGCAGCAGCUCUGUUUACUCUGAAAGAUGUGAAGAACAAAGGCCUAAAGGUCAACGACGCAGUCGUCAUCUGUGAUGCGGGAGGUGGCACUGUUGACCUGAUCUCCUACGAGAUUCUCAGCUUGGCGCCCUUUGAACUCAGGGCUAUCACGAAGGCGUCUGUAAUGGUUGCUUUCCCAGGUGCUGUCGCCGGCAGUAGCAUGAUCGAUCGCAACCUUGAAGAAGAGAUUCGAAAGGCUGUCGGGAUGAAGCGCUAUCAAAAUGCUCUGAAAGAGUUUGCCAUAGCUAUCAAACCAGGUUUCCGUGGUAAGGAUGAUAGGGACAAGUAUUUGAGCUUCCCAAUGGCAAAGCUCGAAGACAACCCUGCGAAUGGGUUGGUCAAGAAUUCGAUGACACUCUCAGGGGCGACAAUGUUCCGGCCGUUUGAACCAAUAGCUCGUGAAGUUGAUCGCUUGGUCGGGGAGCAGGUCAGUGCCGUCAAGAUUGAGCGUUUGCAAGCUAGCCCGCCCAAUCCAAAUGGCGUCAAGGCAAUUUUCCUUGUUGGCGGUUUCGGAUCAAGCGACUAUUUAGCAAAAGCCAUCCAGAAUUCAAACCCUGGAGUCACGGUGAUCCAGCCGAAAGAAGCGUAG